AGGCCGUCUGCCAUGUAAAUAUUCAACAGAGGAUGCAGCUCUUAGCUAGCGUUAUCCCCAUGUCUGAAACAACAAAAGGAUAGCAACUCCUGGAUAACUGGAGCAAAAAUGAAACCCCAUGCUGCGUCGAGGGCAUCAAGUGUCAGACAUCAGACUGAGCGCCUGUAGUCAUGGAUGGCACCAAAGCCAAUGACAGCACGUUUCCCAGCUUGGGGGACCUGGACGACUUCCUCAACAAGCAUGACUCCAACUUCAUCUGGCUCCUCGUGGCCACCAUUCUGUCCUGUGGAUGGAUCAUCUAUUUAACUUAUUACAACUCCCGCAACAUUGGCCUCAUCCUCACCCUCAUCAUCAACAGACUUUACAAGGAUGGCUACAUUCACAUCGGCUCCUUUUCUUUCUCUGUGCUGUCAGGGAAGGUCAUGUUCAGAGAUGUCUACUUCAUCAACCAAGACAUGUCUAUCAGGAUACAGGAUGGCUUCCUCAUAUUUCGCUGGUGGAAAAUGUAUAACCCAAAACAAAAACAGCAUGACCCCAAGGCAGAGACCAGGCUUUACGUGACAGUUAACGGCUUUGAGUUUCAUGUCUACAACCGGACCGACCUCUAUGCGCGGCUACAGGAGACCUUUGGCCUGGAGCCUACCCUCAUCACACCCAAGAAGGAUGAGGAGAGGGGGCGGGAUGAGAGAGACAAAACCCUGGAAAGUGUGAACAUCAAAGCAGAGAGUCCGGACCCCUCGUCAUCUUGGCGUUCCCUCAUCCCUGUCAUCAAAGUCAACAUCAGCACAGGUCGUCUGGCAUUUGGGAACCACCACCUCCCCCAGACUUUGUGUGUCAACUUUGAGGAUGCCUUCUUGACAUACGCCACCAAGCCUCCGUCUAGCCACCUGGAUCAGUACAUGCAUAUUGUCAAAGGCUCACUGGAGAAUGUCCGUGUCAUGCUGGUUCCCAGUCCACGCUACCUGGGCAUGCAGAAUGACGAGCCCCCAAGACUCAUGGGUGAAGGCUUUGUUGUCAUGCAGUCCAAUGAUGUGGAUAUCUACUAUUACCAGGAUGAACCUGGUCUGGUCCCUGUGGAGCAGGAGGGUGGGGAGGCGGAGACGUGCAGUGAGGGGGAUAAGCUGCAGGACUUGCCUCCCUGCUGGGGUCUUGACAUCGUCUGUGGAAAAGGAACUGACUUCAACUACGGGCCCUGGGCAGACCGCCAGAGGGACUGUCUGUGGAAGUUCUUUCUGCCAGCUGACUACCAGGCCAUGAAGGUGACGGAGGUGGCCCAGCCGGGGAAGCCCAGACAGAUCCUGGCCUUCGAGCUCCGCAUGAACAUCAUUGCCGAUGCCACCAUCGACUUGCUCUUCACCAAAAACAGGGAAACCAAUGCCAUCCAUGUGAAUGUGGGUGCAGGCUCUUACCUGGAAGUUAACAUCCCCAUGACUGUAGGAGAAAAUGGCUACUCUCCCACCAUUAAGGGUCAGCUGCUGCAUGUGGACACCACCAGCAGCAUGCAGUACAGGACCCUGCUGGAGGCUGAAAUGCUGGCUUUCCACGUGAUAGCCAGCUAUCCGCGAGUAUGGAACAUGCCUCAGUCAUGGCAGUGUGAGAUCGAGGUCUACAAAGCCACCUACCACUUCAUCUACGCCCAGAAAAACUUCUUUUCCGAUCUGAUCCAAGACUGGGCAAGUGACAGUGCCCCAGACAUCUAUUCCUUUGUGCCCUAUGCGUGGAAGUUCAAGAUCCUGUUCCACCAGUUUGAGAUGAUCUGGGCAGCCAACCAGCACAACUGGAUUGACUGUUCCACAAAGCAACAGGAAAAUGUGUACCUGGCCGCAUGUGGUGAGACGCUCAAUAUCGACUUCACUUUGCCUUUCAAUGAGUUUGUUCCAGCCACCUGCAAUACCCGCUUCAGCUUGAGGGCGGAAGAUACCGACAUGCGCCUGUCCCUGCCAGAGUGCCAUCCCAGCCGCUAUCCCCUCCUCACACUGGCCAAAGACUACCAGAACGUCAAGCUUCCUCCGGACAUGUUCUUGCCUGGGGAGCCUCAAGUAGCGCCCCCACCCAAACCCACCAAACCACGCUGGAGGAACAUCACCCAUGCAGAAGCUGGCUGGGUGGACUGCUGGAGCGUACCCAACUUCCUGCUCAUCAUUGACUACACCUGGCACCCCAUCUAUCCCCAGAAGGCUGAUGAGCAACUCAAACAGUCCUUGUCAGAGAUGGAGGAGUCCAUGCUGUCGGCUCUGCGACCUCCAGAGCACACCUCGGCAUCUCACAACGCCCCUCCCCCCUACAAUUCCACCUCCGCUUCAGCUGCUCACACCCGGGUGACCACAGACCCGUCAGAGCUGCCUCCCGACAGGCUGCAUGUGGAGAUGGAAAUGUCCCCGGACUCCCAGAUCCUCCUCUAUGGGCCUUUGCUCAGAGCCCUGAUCGCCAUCAAGGAAAACUAUUUUGGUGAGGACGACAUGUACACGGACUUUGAGGAGACCGUGUCCAGCCCUGUGCUGUCCACCUCCACCUCCUCGGGUCUCGGCUGGUCACCUCUGGGCAUGGAGGACAGCGAACAGCAGGAGACCUCGGACAUCCAUCCUCUGGACCUGAGGCCCUGGGAUAUCACCGUGCUGAUCAACCUCUACAAGGUCCAUGGACGACUGCCCAUGCACUGCAGCAGCGAGGGUCCCGAGGGUCCGUCCGGCUUCCUGGAGCGUCUGUGUUUUGAGAUGAAGAAGGGUUACAAGGAGACCAUGCUGCAGCUGCUCCUCUCGCCCAUCCACAUCUUCAUCAGUGACAACUACCAGCGUCCCACAGCAGACGGGGUUUUGAGGGACGGUCACCUGAGUCUGUCGGGCCUGCAGAUGAGGGCCCACGCCAUGUUCUCCGCCCAGGGCCUCCCGCUGGGCAGCGACACGCUGGAGUACGCCUGGCUCAUCGACAUGCAGGCUGGGGCGCUCACUGGCCGGGUCACUGUCCCUCAGCUGGCCAGUGUGAUGGAGUGGGGAGAGACUUUUGUUUUCCACGUGGUGUCCAGGGAGUUCCAGCUCGAUCAGCCCAAACCCUCCGUCAUCUGCCAGCACGGUGUGGACCGCCGCCUCUGUGACGCCAAGCUGAGCUGCAUGCCAGGUCACUGCCGCACAUCAGAGGAGCUGAAAUACACCAUGACGCGCUUGGCGAUGGAUGGAGUCGACCUCUUCAUAGUGGAGCAUGGCUGUGCGGCCAACAUCAAGACGGGCACUGUUCGCGUGGCCAACUGCAACCUGCACAACCAGGCUGUGGGAGAGGGCAUCAGCGCCGUGGUGCAGGACGUCAACAUCCGGCAGUACAUAGAACAGCAGCACAGCGAGGCGACCCGGCUGCAGCCAGCAGGGCAGGGUCAAGGCCCGGGUCAGGGUUUAGGUCUCAGUCAGCCCCCUCUGCUGCGACGCUCCGUCUGGUUGGAGGCGGGUUCAGUCAACCUGAACCUCAUAACAGCAGACAUAGCCCUAGCGGCCGACCACCCGGCCAAAUGUGAAGUCCAGAGGCAUUUUUUGGAGCUGCAUGACGCACAGACCAAGAGACUCUGGUUCCUGUGGCCAGAGGACGCUGGGAUUCGGAACAAGCGGAGCAGAAACCGGUGUGGCUGUCUCGGGGGCUGCAGGUUCUUUGGAGGCACCAACUUGGGCCUGGACUUCUUCAAACUUGAGGAGCUGACCCCCUCCUCCUCAUCGGCCUUCUCUUGCUCCAGCACGGAGUCAGACAUGUGCUAUGGACAGUCCUUACUUCAGCCCGGGGAGUGGAUCAUCACCAAGGAAACACCAAAAGUGGAUGGAAGAGUUAUAGGACUGAAAAGGGACACGCACUCGCCGGGCCCUCCUCCUGAACUGCCUGAGAGGCGGGGCCAGCAGCAUCUCAGUCUCCAGGUGCCGCAGCGCUCCCACAGCUCUGCCUCCUCCUCUGAGGAAAACAGUUCCUCCAGUGCUGCGCUGCCCCUGCUGGCUGGAGAGAGGGAUUCUCCCUCACCGAGCACUGAGGAGCGCAUGUUCCCCAUGAAUGGCAAGAGCCCUGCUGACACCUUAGGGGAGGUCCCAGAGGGCUCGCCGGUCUCUCCCAACAGUACCCAGGAGCGCUCCUCACUACGCUCACCCCUCUGCUCCCCUCUCAAACGCCAGUCCUCUGUGCACUCCAGUCGGCUGGGCAGCACCAAGAGCCUGUCGGCCGCUGUGUUCACAGACAAGCCCCCCCCUGCGCUGUCCGGAGGGGUUCAGUUCAGCAGCGAGGUGUCCCGCAGCGACGAGAACGUCCUGGACUCGCCACGCCAGCGCAGGAGCUAUGGCUCCUUCCCCUUCACACCCUCAGCCGACUCCAACACCUUCCACCAGUAUCGCUCGGCAGACUCCAGCAUGUCUGUGGCCGACAGCGAGGCCUACUUCUCCGCUGCUGAGGACUUUGAGCCAAUCAGCAGCGCUGAUGAGGGUCCAGGAACGUACCCGGGCCGCAAGAAGAAGAGGAGGCAGCAGAUGCAGCAGCCACAGCAGCCACCGUACCACAUGGAGAACUACAGCCGGAGCUCCAUCUACCACAGUGUGGAGGGGCCUCUCACCUAUGUUCUCAAUGGAGAGCUGAUCACUGAGCCACGCCCCCUUCCUCUGCCCCCCACACUGCCCCCACUGCCGCCUCAGCCCCUGCCAAGCCACACAUCCCAGGCCUCUUUCGUCUCAGCGCUGGCCAUGGAGGAAGAAGGCUCAGUGGAGGCGGAGAAGACGGCCGAGCCAGGCCCAGUCACCCGGCAGCCCCAUGUCAUGGCCUGCUACCAGAACUACCUGGCCCACUACCAGGUUUCAAACUGGUCUGUCAAGCAGCCCACCAAUAAGAGGACCUCCAAGUCGUCCCUGCACCGCCCCUUGGACCUGGACACACCCACCAGUGAGGAGAGCUCUGCAUCCUUCGACCAGCUCUCUGUUCCUAGCUUUAAGGUGAUAAAGCAAGGUCUGUCAGCUAGUUCUCUACUGGACAGGGGAGUCCAGCUGAUGGGAGACUCAAACAGCACACCGUACACCCCUCUGGAUAAGAAGGCCAUGGAGAACACAGAUGAGGACACAACAACAGAGGACUGGACCCUGGAGCAGCCCUUGGCCCAGACCAGGACCACAGCCAUCGUGGAGGUGAAGGGGGCCAUCAAUGUCGUGCUCACCCCCCUGGUAGCUGAAUCUCUGGACAGAUAUAUUGAGUCCAUGGUGCACUUUGCCAGUAUCCGUCAUCCUGCAGCCAUUUUGGACGACCUACACGGGAAAGUCCUCAACGAAGCCUAUCAGAUCAGCAAGUCCACGGUCACUGAGUCUAGCCAAACAGGCAAGCAGGAGCACAAGCUGUCCAAGACAGAGGGCACGACCCCCGGCUCCCUCAACACCUCCCAUGGCCAGACCGACCUGUCUGUCAAACCGGAUAAUGUGAAAAUCAAGGGCCUCCAAGCCAAUGUCUCCAUCCCCAAGGUAAACCUGUGCCUCCUGCAGGCCUCUGUAGAGGAGGGCUCGCCCUCCUGCUCCAGUAAGUGUGUCACCCACGUUUCUCUAGUGGCGCUGUGCUUUGACAGGAUUGCUACCCAGUUCCGAAUGAACAGGGGUAUUGUGGAAGAGACGCCCAACACCACAGAGCACGGCCGACCCUCGGUCAUGUUGGAGAAGUACGCCUCGGCCACCAAGAUGCAGCCUCAGUCAUCCGGCUCGCUGCGCUCCAACGCCGGCAUCGAGAAGGGCAAGGAGAUCGCCGCCAGGCUCAACAUCCACCGCAUCCACAGUCAGCUCCGAGGACUGGACUCAACAGACAUCGGCACAUGUGCCAUCACGGCCAUCCCCUUUGAGAAGUCCAAGGUGCUGUUUGGCCUCGAGGAGAUGGAGGAGUUUUCGCUCGUGGAUGAGACAGACGCCCAGACCAUGUCCGGUGAUCUGGGACGUUCUCCAGCCUCCCUCGAGAAAUGGGGAUGGAUCAUGUUUGAGUGCGGCAUUGAGAACCUCACAGUUAAAGGUGGCCGUCAGUCAGGUGCCAUUCUGUACAGUGCAUUUGGUGUGAUGGGACGUUCUGAUGCCGGGGGGAAGACAGGAAUGUCUAAAUCCAAUGGUUCAACUGGCUCCCAGACAGGCAGCGGAUACAGCACUGAUGUCUCUGAUGACAACCUGCCGCAUGAUGCCACCAGCCCCGCCUCUGACCUCAACGAGCAUUCAGACUCAGACGACCAGGAUGAAGGGGUGGAGUCAGAUGACCUGAAGAAAGACCUCCCCCUCAUGCCCCCUCCACCUGACUCCAGCAGCAUGAAGCUGACCAUCAGGGAAAUCUGGUUCAGCUUCGCUGCUCCCACCAACAUCCGCUCAGCCUCACAGGCCAUCUCCAGACAGCUGAAUCUUCUGAGUACAGCCACUCCUGCCAUUGGAGCCUGGUUGGUUCCCAUUGACCAGCUCAAAUCUUCCCUGCGCAAACUGGAUAUGGAAGGCACACUGCGAGUGUGUGCUGUUAUGGGCUGUAUUAUGACUGAAGCUCUUGAGAAAAAGAGCAUCCACAUCCCGAUUCGGAGCAAGUACAACCGCGUGACUAAACGAGCUCGCUACCUGCACGAGAACCCCUCCUGCAUGCUCUGUAACAUCCUGCACCGCUACCUGCAACAGGCCGACUACUCUGUCAUAGAGGAGGCUACAAUGAAUGACGGGCUCCCAGCCCUUGUGACUUUAAAGAAGGGUCUGGUGGCCUUAGCCAGACAGUGGAUGAAGUUUAUUGUGGUAACUCAGGGCUUCAAGGCUAUUGGCCUGAUGAGGCCCAACCAGCUGGCCAAGCCAAGGGAGCCUCAGCAGAGCCUGGGUGACAUGAUCUUGGGCCUCGACAAUGGCGCUGCGCUUCAGAGUGACACCAGCGCAGAUGGAGCCGAGUUCGAGUUUGACGCAGCCACAGUGAGUGAACACACCAUGUUACUGGAGGGAGCCUGCAGUCGUCCCCCACCAAAAGAAGCAAACUCCGGCCCCGUUAGUGGAGUGGAGAUCAUGAGGAAACUGUCCAAGUCCCAUACGCACAGCGAGUCUGCACUUAAAAUAAAGGGUUCCCAUCCUUACCAGUCGCUGAGCUACACCAGCGGUGACACGGCAGCAGACUCUCCUGCCCACGUCAGCCGUGCGGGCCUGCCGGCCAAGGACAGCCCCAGGAAGGAGAGUCUCCUGAGCAACCUGACAGGCAGCUUUAGGAGUCUGCACAACCUGUUGGAGGGCACGCCCCAGAGGAACGAGCCCUCUGCUGCCACCGCAGCAAAGAGCAGCUCUCUCACUCGCACCGGUAACAGCGUCGGAACCGACAUGCUGACCGAGCACCCGCUGCUAUCGGAGCCCUCAUCCGUCAGCUUCUACAACUGGAUGUCAAACGCUGUGGGCAACAGGACGGGGGCUGCAGCCCAGGACUCCCCCGUCAGCCGUUCCCAGCACAACAGCCUGCAAACAGAACAAGCGGCCUCACCUGUCAACACCUACCACUACCAACCACUGCCAACAAUUUACAGCCCAGAAGGAGGUGGGACCUGUAAUCUGCCCACCAUCCCGUCAGCAUCUGACUUCAACACGGUGCUGUCCAGUGACCAGAACACCCUGGAUGGGACUCAUUCCCAGCAUUCCCAGCACAGCACCAGCCAGGAUGACAUGGCUGACAUCGAGGAGGGCAACCAGUGCCCUGCUGCUGUACAGCUGGCUGAUGCUCAGGUUGUUUUCAAGCCUUUGCUGAGUCACACGGGGAUCCAGGCCCAGGACACCACUCCUCUCAGUUACAAGAUGUAUUUUGGAGAGCAUCUUUCUUUCUCUGGCACCCUGGAGUGUCUCAGAGCAGACAUUGUCGACUCUGACACCUCCAAAGAGCGCAAAAACAAAAGAUCCCGGAGACAAGGCAUGGUGAACCUCCCUCCACUGGAGUUCAAGCCGGCGCUGCUGAUCGAGACAUUCAGCCUGAAUGCAGUGGUAAUGGAGAAGUCGACCAGCGCCCCCCAGGGCCCCACCGCCGCUCCGCUCUCCUUCCACGACCUCAGCCGCCGCCACUACAACACCUUCCACUGCGACUUCACCACGGCCUGCCAGGCCAUCAGCCAGCGCGUGGACAUGGCCCUCGUGCGCCUCAUCCACCAGUUCAGCACCAUGAUCGACGACAUCAAGGCCACGCAGACGGACAUCAAGCUGAGCCGCUACACCGCCGGCUCUGCGUCGCCGACACCUACGUUCAAAGCCCGGCCCUACCGUCACUUCAGGUCGUCAGACUUCAGUCGUAGCUCUCGAGGCAGCCUCAACGGGGCGAGCCGCAGCGGGACACAGACCCUGAAGAGCAAACGGGGGCUGGGAGGAGGAGGAGGAGGUGGAGGAGGAGGGAUCGCUGGGGGUUUACCUCCUAAUGGCCCUCCAUCAGGCAUGGACACGCUGGGGAGACGGGAGCCCAGGGGACGCAGCUCUCUGGGACGCUCUGAGCGCCGCACAUCCAAGGUGUCAAGGAAGGGUUCCCGUGAUGUGGCGGACCACAUGGCCAUCCAGAUGGACGACUCGGACUCCAUCACGGUGUCGGAGCAGAGCGAGCCUUCAGCAGAGUGCUGGCAGAACAUGUACAAGCUGCUCAACUUCUACUCCCUCAUCUCUGAUCCCACCGGCAUCCUGGAGAAAAGCUCGCCGGAGAACUGCCUCUCAGAUGGUGGGCGUCGUCCCUCGGAGCCGUUCUGCAGGGUGAUCUUUGAAAACGAGCAGCAGGAGCCUGCCACGCCCAACAAGCCCCUGGGUGCGGGCGGCAGGCGGCGCAGCCUCGUGAGCUCCGAGCCGCAGCACGUCACCCUAAUCGUGUUUGGCAUCGGCAUGGUGAACCGCACUCACCUGGAGGCCGACAUCGGCGGCUUGACCAUGGAGGCAGAGCUGAAGAAGAUCCACGGCAGUUUCACCCUGAAGGAGAAGAUGAAAGAUAUCUUGCACCAGAAAAUGACCGAGACCUGUGCGUCGGCUCACAUAGGAGGGGUGAACAUCGUUCUGUUGGAGGGGAUAACGCCUGAUAUUCAGACGGUGGUGAAAUGCAACAUCGCCAAGUCUCAGGCCAUGUACAGCGCCCAGCGUGGGCUUAAGACCAACAACGCGGCCGUCUUCAAAGUGGGGGCUAUUAUGAUCAACAUCCCCCAGCACCCGGCCACACUGCACAGCAUGAUGGUCCGCAGCUCCCACCAGCUCUCCAAACAGAUCUCCGACCUCAUCCGCCAGCCUUCCAACAUUCCACCCCCUAACAGGGAAGACACUCCGACCCCCCAGCCCUCUGACAAGGCGUCCAGCAUCAACCAGACCCCUGUGGAGGCUAACGAGUUCCCCCAGCUUCCUGAGGGCCUGGAGAAGAAGCCCAUUGUCCUCAAGUUCAGUGCCAUGAUGGAUGGCAUCACCAUUGGGGCUGCUUUGCUGCCCUCUCUAAAAGCAGAGUACAAAAUGGGUCGCAUGAAGAGCCAUGGAAUGACGGGCGCACAAACCAGUUUCACCUUUGAGCUGCCAAACCACAAGCUGUGCUUCCAGUCCAAAGUGUCCCCAGUGGAUAUGUCCACUAUGCCGCCAUCAGCCAGCCUCAACCUGCCGCCAGUCACCAUGUCAGGCGAGUACAUCAUGGAGGACCACGAGAGCCACUCAGACCAAGGCUGGGCACCCGACGACUUCCCAGCCAAGCAAGGGAACUACCUCCAAGGCAACUACCUGCGCUGCGUGGCAGAGAUUGGCUCUUUUGAGCACAACCUGACCACAGACCUGCUCAACCACCUGGUCUUCCUGCAGAAGGUCUUUAUGAAGGAGGUCAAUGAGGUCAUCCAGAAGGUGUCAGGAGGAGAACAGCCAAUCCCUCUUUGGAACGAGCAUGACAUCUCGACAGAUGCGGACAAACCAAAAAUCCUGCUCUAUUCGCUCAGCCUCAUGUUCAAGGGCAUACAGAUGACAGCGACUACUCCCUCCAUGCGUGCGGUACGCUUUGAGACAGGUCUGAUCGAACUUGAGCUGUCCAACAGGAUCCAGUGCAAGGCUCAGCCUGGCGGCAGUAGCAGUUACCUCAAGCUGUUUGGCAAAUGCCAAGUGGACCUCAACUUGGCUCUGGGACAGAUAGUCAAGCACCAGGUGUAUGAAGAGGCAGGCUCAGACUUUCACCAGGUGGCAUACUUCCGAACUCGGAUUGGCCUUCGGAACGCCCUGCAGGAAGAGAUCAGUGGCUCCUCAGACAAGGAGGCCGUCCUCAUCACACUCAACAGGCCGAUUGUUUUCGCCCAGCCAGUGGCGUUUGACAGAGCUGUGCUCUUCUGGCUCAAUUACAAAGCGGCCUACGACAACUGGAAUGAGCAGCGGCUGGCCCUCAACAAGGACAUCCACAUGGCGACCAAGGAGGUGGUGGACAAGCUGCCGGGCAUCCAGCAGACCUCAGCCCAGGCUUUCAGCACCCUCUUCCUGCAGCUGACUGUCAAUGACCUGGGCAUCUGCCUGCCCAUCACCAACACAUCCCAGAGAGGACAUGCACCAGUUACGGAGGGCAUCCGCUCUGAAGCUGGGGCCAGCACAUCAGUAGGCCGGCAUAAAAAUGCACAAAAAGCCAACCAUAGCAUCGACUUCGACACCGGCUCCGCUCUGGUCUUAACCAUCGAGAGCACGCUGAUCACAGCCUGUUCCUCCGAUUCCCUUGUCAGCAAAGGCCACUUCAAGAAUUUCUGCAUCCGCUUCGCCGAGGGCUUUGAGACCUCCUGGGACGACUGGAAACCGGAAGUGCGGGGGGAGCUGGUCAUGAAUGCUUGUGUAGUCCCUGAUGGUACAUAUGAAGUAUGUUCCAGGACUACAGGGCAACCCUCGGCAGAGAGCAGCAGUGCUGGCACCUGGACCUUGAACGUGCUGUGGAAAAUGUGCGGCAUUGACGUUCACAUGGACCCCAACAUCGGCAAGCGCCUCAACGCGCUGGGCAACACGUUGACCUCCCUGACGGGCGAGGAAGAUAUCGACGACAUCGCCGACCUGAACUCUGUCAACAUGGCUGACCUUUCAGACGAGGACGAAGCAGACACCAUGUCACCCACCAUCCACAUGAGUCCAGAGGGCGGCUUCAGCCCCCGGUUGACCUUAAAGAAGCGUCUGGUAAACCACAUCCUGGGCAUCAGCCCCAGGCCUCAGAGUGUCUCUGUCCCUGCUGACUACUUAAACUGUUCAUCGCCUCAACUCCGAGUAGGCAGUGUCAGGGCCCAAAGACCUGUCUCCUGGAGUUGUGAGGCUAUUGACCCCAGAAGACAGAUGGUGAUGGGGAACCAGGUGAUUGAUGCCCGUGGGAGGAAAUUCACCAAACGCCUGGUGGAUAUCAGAGAGCUGAACGAACAGGCCAAGGUCAUCGACGACCUCAAGAAACUGGGAGCCAGUGAGGGGACCAUCAACCAGGAAAUCCAGCGCUAUCAGCAACUGGAGUCUGUGGCUGUAAAUGACAUCAGGAGAGAUGUCAGGAAGAAACUACGGCGCUCCAGCAUGAGGGCGGCCUCUCUAAAGGACAAGUGGGGGCUCGGCUACAAACCAAGCUACAACCGCUCCAAAAGCAUCUCAGCAGCAGCGGGCCGCCCCCCUCUGAAGAGGAUGGACCGACAGAGUUCCAGAAUAGGUGAUGUAGAUGACUUGCCAGAUAUCCGUGUGGAUGCAUCAUCCCCUGGGCCAAGAGUCACCUUCAAUAUCCAGGACACGAUUAAUAGUCAGACCUUGGACUCCACAAACACAGCUGUCAGUCCAGGAGAGGUAUUCAAGUUCCCUGAGGAGACAGAGACGGACUUGUCGUCAGUCACCAUCGAUGAGUCACCCCAUCUUCAUCAUCACCAUCUUCAUUCACCAUCCGUUAGCGUGGGCCAGUGCUCAGUUUUCAGUUCCCCUACCACCCCUGCUGUCUUCUCACCCGCCCUUCCCUUCCAGCAUGACGACAUAAGGCGCGAUGAGCUCUCCUCCUCCUCCUCUGAGGAUUCCGACAAGGAGGAUGAGUUUGAACGUGAGAGGCCGUCUUGCUACCGUAGGCCUUUCCAAGCGUCUCACAGGAAAUCAUCAGGCUUUGCUGCUGUCAGUCAGCUGUUCAGUGAGCGCUGGCCGAGCACACCUACCAAUCGCAGCUUCAUUAGUCCACCAACUGAGAGAAAUAUUGACUUUGAGCUGGACGUCCGUGUGGAGAUUGACAGUGGCAAGUGUGUCCUUCACCCCACCACCCAGCAACCAGAGCAUGAGGACAUGUCCUGCAGGAGGAGUUAUGACCGCAGCCUCAGGAGUCUGGACCAGGAAUCUCCCCCAAAGAAGAAGAAGCUGCAGCCCACCUACACCUCCACCACCCACCUCCUUGCUGGCAAGAAGUGCCCCUCUUCCCUGCAGACCAAGUCCAAUGACUUGGAGACCACUGUCUUCUACAUUCCAGGAGUAGACGUUAAGUUGCACUACAACUCCAAGACCCUGAAGACAGAGUCGCCCAAUGCCUCACGUGGAUCCUCUCUCCCUCGCACUCUCUCCAAAGAAUCCAAGCUGUAUGGUAUGAAAGAUAGCGGCCCUCCAAACCCUCCCAAUGCAGUCCAAAGCAAGACUAACUCGCUCCUUCCUCCCCCGCCCCCACCUCUUCCAUCAGCCAAAGGGAAGGGCAGUGGAGGAGUCAAGACAGCCAAGCUGUACGCCUGGGUGGCCCUCCAGACACUCCCAGAGGAAAUGGUCAUCAGCCCCUGUCUACUGGACUUCCUGGAAAAGGCUCUGGAGACCAUUCCCAUCACUCCUGUGGAAAGAAAUGAUACAGCUGUGGCUUCCCAAGAGGAGGACAUGGGUCAAUUUGAGCCGGUGGAGCAGCUGGAGGAGUCCACCACGUCCUUGGUGUCCUCGUCCACAUCGGCUUAUUCUUCCUUCCCUGUGGAUGUAGUGGUCUAUGUCAGAGUGCAGCCCUCUCAGAUACGCUUCAGCUGCCUGCCGAUGUCCAGGGUGGAGUGUAUGCUCAAACUGCCCUCUCUGGACCUGGUCUUUUCCUCCAACCGUGGUGAGCUGGAGACCCCGACAGGAGCCCACCCCACCGACGGGUCACACCAACCCUCCUCCACCCCACCAGGGCAGCACAUCCCCAAACCACCACCCAGCAAAGCAUCUCCACUGCUUGGCAGCCCUCUGGGCAGGAGCCGCCACAGCAGCAGCCAGUCCGACCUCACCGGUCCCCCCAGUAACUCCUCAGGCCUCAGCUUCACGGCCUGCAUGUCUGACUUCUCCCUCUACGUCUUCCACCCUUACGGCGCUGGCAAGCAGAAAUCUGCCGUCACAGGACUGCCACCAGGCCCGGGGCCACUAGGUACUGUAGAUGAGGAGCCAUCUUCAGUGACAGGGAGGAAGGACUCUCUGAGCAUCAACCUGGAGUUUGUCAAAGUCAGCUUGUCCAGGAUGAGGCGGACAGGAGGCCCAACCUUCAUCGAGAGCUUCAUUCCUGCAAAGGGUGGCAAGAUGGACACCACCCUCAUCAACAUCUCAGCUGUGUGUGACAUUGGCUCAGCCUCCUUCAAAUAUGACAUGAGACGACUGAGCGAGAUCCUGGCAUUUCCAAGAGCCUGGUACCGUCGAAGUAUCGCCAGGCGCCUCUUCCUCGGAGAUCAGACAAUCAACCUGCCAGCCUCUGGCCCGGCCACCCCUGACUCUGCUGAAAACAUCACUCAACAUCUGUCCCCUGAGUCCAGCCGCAAAGCCUAUUGGAGGACGUGGGACGGCAGCACUGGGACGCAGCACAUCCCCCAGUCCCCCAAUGUCUUCUCAGAGCACUCCACCGGGAGCAACAUGUCCCCAGGGGGCCUGGCUCACCUCAAGUCCCCAGCGCCUGGCCGCACAAGGAGCGUGUCUGAUUCUUCUGCUCCUAGAAGAGACUCAGUGACAAAAACAUCCACUCCAUCCUUCAACAAAAAUGGCAAAGCAGCAGGCCAGCAGGGGACACCCUGGGAGACCCUGGUGGUGUUCGCCAUCAACCUGAAGCAACUCAACGUCCAGAUGAACAUGAGCAAUGUCAUGGGCAACAACACCUGGACGACCAGUGGGUUAAAGAGUCAGGGCCGCCUGUCUGUAGGCAGCAACCGGGACCGAGAGAUCAGCAUGUCGGUGGGCCUCGGCCGCUCCAAGCUGGACUCCAAAGGCGGGGUUGUGGGCGGCAACAUAGACGUAAACACUCUGGAGAUGGUCUCCCACAUCUCUGAACACCCGAACCAGCAGCCAAGCCACAAGAUCCAGAUCACCAUGGGCUCAACAGAGGCCCGAGUGGAUUACAUGGGUUCCAGCAUCCUCAUGGGCGUGUUCAGCAACGCUGAUCUCCAGCUCCAGGAUGAAUGGAAGGUCAACCUGUGCACCGUCGACACCAGCCUGUCAGAGAAAAGUGAGAUCUUUGUCCAUGGGGACUUGCAGUGGGACAUUUUCCAGGUGAUCAUUUCACGCUCCACCACACCAGACCUCAUCAAGAUUGGAAUGAAGCUGCAGGAGUUUUUCACUCAGCAGUUCGACACCAGCAAACGGGCUCUUUCCACCUGGGGUCCAGGGCCCUACCUGCCCCCCAAAACCCCUGUCAUCAACUUGGAGAAAGGAGCCACUGAGCUUUACAUGGAUGCAGCCCACCACCGCCACUGGCCCGGGGUGCUGAAAGUGAUAGCCGGCUGCCACAUCUCCCUCUUCCAGAUGCCCCUUCCUGAAGACGCAGUGCAGCUGGGCGGAUCAAUGAGCCUUCACGGCAAUCACAUGACACUGGCCUGCUUCCACGGGCCCAACUUCCGCUCCAAGUCGUGGGCUUUGUUCCACCUGGAAGAGCCCAACAUCGCCUUCUGGACGGAGGCACAGAAGAUCUGGGAGGACGGCUCCAAAGAUGAUUCUACCUACAUUGUGCAGACACUGGAUUUCCAUCUUGGCCACAACACCAUGGUGACCAAACCAUGCGGUGCAUUAGAAAGCCCAAUGGCCACCAUUACCAAAAUAACCCGCCGACGGCACGAAAACCCCCCGCAUGGAGUCGCCACCGUCAAAGAGUGGUUCAACUACGUCACUGCCAUGAGAAAUGAAGAGUUGAACUUGCUCAGGAAUGUGGAUGCCAACAACCCAGAGAGUGGAGCGGCUGCCAAAAGCUCCAGUCUUCUCAGCAGCUUCCGCAGCUCCUCCAGCUACAACCACGAAACAGAGACUAUCUUUGCCCUUCCCAGAAUGCAGCUGGACUUCAAGUCCAUCCAUGUACAAGACCCAGAUGAACCUUCUCUAACAGACUCCAACAGCAAACCUAAGGUGGAGUGCAGCGUGGUGACAGAGUUCACGGACCACAUUUGUGUCACCAUGGAUGCAGAGCUCAUCAUGUUUCUUCAUGACCUGGUGUCAGCCUACCUGAAGGAGAAAGAGAAAGCUCUUUUUGCCCCACGGAUUUUUGCGGCUCGGCCUGGCCAGAAGAGUCCUACAGCCCUGCAUGAUGAAAGCUCCACGGACAAGGACAAGGAAGACAGCAUCAACUACACCACUGUGGACUGGAGGGAGUUCAUGUGCAACACCUGGCACUUGGAGCCGACUCUCAGGCUCAUUUCCUGGACGGGGCGCAAGAUUGACCCGGUGGGUGUGGACUACAUCCUUCAAAAAUUGGGCUUCCACCACGCCAGGACGACUAUUCCCAAAUGGCUGCAGAGGGGCGUGAUGGACCCGCUGGACAAGGUCCUGUCGGUGCUCAUCAAGAAGCUGGGCACCGCCCUGCAGGACGAGAAGGACAAGAAAGGCCGGGACAAAGAGGAGCACUGAAGCCCAAACACCACAAGCAUACCUUACUGCUCAGACAGUUUUACAUUGAGUCAUUGAGAAACAAAAGCACUGGAUUACUGGAUUGUAAUGGCCACUACUGUACAAUGCAUUUGUCAGAGGAACCCAUUUUACCUGCUAAACUCUGUGAAUUUAGUUGUUUACUGUGGUGCAUGCCACUAAUGGCUGUGACUGAAGCAUUUUGCACCAUCAUUAUUUUCUGUAUAUUUUGAACAAAGUAGCACAUUUUAGUAUUACAGUAUUUGGCUGCUUAAGUGGUAACCCCUGCCUCUUUUACCUGUUGUACAUGAGCUUACUGAGGCUGCUUGAAAGUUUAUUUUAAGGCUUACCGAUAUUUCAUGAGAAAUGACUUCUUAAACCAUUGCCUUUUCUUUGUUUCCCAUGGAACACAUGGUAGGUUAUGCUUUAAGUAUUUUACAGCGUAGUUUUAAGAAUUUAAAGAUCAAUCGGUGACAGUGAGGUGACUACUGAUGUGAACUAAUAGAGGGUUUAGGCACAUAAUUUACUCUACUGUGAGGAUGGAAUAAACCUGUAAUUAUUUGAAUCAAGAUCAUAAUUUAUGGGUGUGUGAAAUGUAAAGUCUAUAACUUGUAUUAGCUUGGUGUGUCAAGCUUAUUUUUGUCAUUUUUUUUUUAAAUCCAUACAGUAGACCAGUGUAUAUAAGUUAUGGAAUUUCUUAAAUGUGUUGAUUUCUUAACUUAAUAAAAUCUGCCAUUCAAUUUUAGAUAAA